CUCUAAGACAAAAAAUGUCUUCAAUCACGGUAGAAAAACAAAUGGCAUUUCAACACCAAAUAAAUCGAAACGAAAGGGUAAUAGAACAUCGGCCAGUGAAGAUGUGCAAGAAAAUGCAACGAUAUUACAAUUGGGAUCACGGAGUAAAACUAAAAAGAGCAAACACAAGGAAAUGAACAAUUCUAGUGUAGUUGUUAGUGAUACUGAAAGCACCAAAUCAGAUACAACACCUGAUGUUCGUAAAGAUGAACAGGUUGAAAGUUCAUCGGAUGGUUCACAUGAAUUUGAUAGGAAUGAUGAAAAUAAAAUAAAUUUUGCUUUGAAAUUAACUUCUGAAGAAGCUGAUACAUCUAAAAUACGACCAGAUCAUCACGAUAAAGUAAUGUUUGAAAAUGCUAAGGUUAAGGCCGAAGGGAUCAAAGAACUUCGAGAGAAAACCAUCAUAGAUGCUGAGGAUCAACAUCAGGCAUUUGCUACGAGUAUAUAUGCUAGUGCCGUAACUGAUCCUAACACGUAA